AUGGCCUCACAGAAAGAGCCAGACAACAGCUGGGAGGAGAAGAACCACCCAGAGAACAAAUUGGAGGAGCUGAAGUGCAGCCCCAAGGAAGAGAAAAAGGAAGAAACAGUCAAGACAAAGGAUGACAAUGAUGAUGAUAAGGAGGCCAAUGAUGAGUGUGAAGAUGACCAGGAUGAGGAAGAGGAGGAGAAGCAGAAAGAGGAUGAGAAGGAAGAUGAAGCCAUGGCAGACCCCUCUGUGCUACCCGACUGCGAUAAGAGAUUCACUUGCAAGUCCUCCCUCAGGAUGCAUUUUUCUGUCCGCACCAGUGAGAAGCCCUUCACUUGUGAUGACCACGGGAAGAGCUUCAAAACCAGCUCUAUCCUCACCCAGCACCAUCGUUUUCACACUGGGGAGAAGCCCUUCACGUGUGUUGCCAGUAGCAAGAGCUUCAACCGCAACUGGAACCUCACCCAGCACUGCCGCACUCACAUGGCCAAGAAGCCCUUCACCUGCAGUGACUGCAGCAAGAGCUUCAAACACAGCUGCUCCCUCACCAACCACUGUCGUAUCCACACUGGACAGAAGCUGUUCCCCUUUGCUGACUGUGGCAAGAGCUUCACCAACAGCUCCAAACUCAUCCGGCACUGCCUCAUCCACAGUGGUGAGAAGCCCUUUACCUGCAGUGACUGUGGCAAGAGCUUCAACCAGAACUCUACCCUCACUGAGCACCGCUGUACCCAUGCCAGUGAAUCAGUGCACACUGGGGAGCAGGCACAGAUAGACCCACUCCGGAUCUGUUGGGGUAAUCAUGAGCCCUUAGAGGGCCUUCCAGCAGAUGGAACCAAAAUCGCCUCUUUUCUCCCUGCAUUUCUCAGAGGCUGGAGGCUCCAGCAGCAGCAAACACCUCCUGCCUUUCUGAACACCAAUUAUUGGUGAUGAGAAUAAUUACAGUGCUGAAUCGGCACAGCCAGAGCUGCCAUUGGAGCUGAGCUAAGCUUUGCCAGGAUUUGUCUGGU